AUGGCAUUGCAUCUUGUCACUGCUUUCUUAUUUUCGCAAAUUCUCUACGUUUGUUCUUUCAACACUCUUAAUCGAUAUCAUGAGCGGUUAACACGUGAAGAUCCCGAGAACUCAUUUCACCCUCUCAACCAAGCUCAGUUCAUGGACGAUGAUCUACAAUUUCCAGAUGAGUCCAGCGGCGAAUCUAUACGAUUUAUGGUAGCGCCGGUAUCGUGA